GGAGGAGCUCCUGGAGGCACCCGCUCGAGCAAGACGCCUCACAAACCAAAGUUCAAGUAGCUGUGAAUGUGUUUCAGAUGCGCAGCGCAUUCACACAGAGGAAGGCAGUGUACUCUGUUUCACUGCUGAGACUCUGACUGGUGGAGCCAAUGCAGGCAGUGAUUUGGCUCUCCUGGGCCUUCUUCAAGAGGCAGAGGCAGCCAGUUCAGUGUCUUGGUGAAAUUCUCCUUUGGGUGCUGCUGCUCUGCUUCCUGAAGGCCCUAAAAUAUGAGAAUCCUCAUCAGCAUCUUCCUGAGCUGUAAACUGUGGAAUUUAAUCUUCUCAACCAUACUUCAGACAGAUUCAAACCAGUGCAACUUGCAGUGGCAAAGAGGACAGGAAAUGGUCCCCAGCACCUCCCUGUGCUCUGCUGGGCUCUGUGCAUAGGCUCUGCCAUUCUUGCAGCCGUGCAUCACAGCUGCCUGCAGCUCACAUCUGCUGAUGAUUUCCACAGCAGCUUGGGCACUCAAGGCUGGAAUAUGAGCUGCACGGACGGGCGCAGGGUCGGGGCGCUCCCCCCACGCAGCGCUCGGUGCCGCUCCCGCCGCGCUCCGCCAGCGAUAGCCGGGACACAGACACCCUCUGAAGUCCUGUGCCUGCUGUGAGCCUUGUUUUAUUUGCUGCAGCAAGAAAAGCCUUUUCUUUUAACCCGGCUUCCUUUGAAGAGGUAACUCAGGAAGCUUCAUGGCCUCUCAAGAGUCCCAGGGACAAGCCAAACUAAUCUUUAAGGAUUACCUCCCUGGUUCUUCUGACACUCCUCAGCAGAAUACGCCCGUUGAACCAGCAAGUCUCUGGAAGCAAACAUCACACACUCAUAAUUUGCCGCCUGGUCUGGAGUACCUGAACCAGCUGGACCAGAUAAUUAUUCAUCAGCAAGUGGAUCUUCUGGAAGCCAUACUUGGCACAGAGACCUCCAGCAAAUACGAGAUAAAGAACCCCUUGGGCCAGAGAGUUUACUUUGCAGUGGAAGAGAACGGCUGCUUUGACCGCAGGCUGUGCUCGCCCCUCCGGGCCUUCACCAUCAGCAUUGCGGAUAACGCGGGCCGCGAGGUGAUCCGCGUCAUCCGGCCCCUCAGGUGCACCAGCUGCUGCUUCCCCUGCUUCCUGCAGGAGUUAGAAGUUCAGUCCCCACCAGGUACAGUAGCUGGGUAUGUUGUACAGAACUGGGACCCUUUUCUGCCAAAGUUCACCAUACAGAAUGAAAGUAAAGAAGAUGUGCUAAAAAUAAUUGGCCCAUGUGCAACCUGUGGCUGUUUUGAAGAUGUUGACUUCGAGGUAAAAGCUCUCGAUGAGAUGACAACGAUCGGCAAAAUUUCCAAGUAUUGGUCUGGAUUUGUCAACAACGUCUUCACCAACACCGCCAACUUUGGGAUCCAGGUCCCUGUGGAUCUCGACGUGAGGAUCAAGGCAGUCAUGAUUGGUGCUUGUUUCCUCAUUGACUUAAUGUUCUUUGAAAACUCUUUGGAUGGAUUAUAACAAGAUGACAGAAACAAUGAAAUAUGCAGAAUGUGUUUCAAAAUCGCUUGAGCUUUGGACAUGAUUUUGAACUGCAAAAAUCCUUGUUCCUUAUAGGAAAAGACAGGGAGCUAAUGAUGAUAUUUAUUAAAAUAUGUCUCAUGUAAAUAAUAAUUUCCC